CGUCUAUUACAAAGUGAUGCUAUAGUGUAAUGGAAACUUAAUGUUUGUGUAUAAACUAGUUACAAAAUACUAUUUUGGACACUAAUGUUUACAAAGACCGUAUCAAUUAUCAAGAUUAAAGUAGUUUUGGAUUAAGCACACUGCAUACUUAAUUUGUUUAACUGGCUUGAAAGAGAAUCUGGUCAUUUUGUAUCUUCGGAUAUUAGUAUGUUGAUCACAACCUUUAUUCUAAUCGCUGGUUGCAUUUUAAUGGCCCUGGUUACUCAAACAGAGUCAGCAACAACUGAAGCCCCGGAAACUCAAGCACCGGAAACUGAAGCACCAUCUACGCAAAUGCAGUCAGCAAAAACUGAAGCCCCGGUAACCUCAGCGCCAUCUACGGACAUGCAGUCUACACAAUCUAAAAGCAACAGCUCACCAACCACAAUCAAGUCUGCUUGCAUCGCUUUAAUGGUUGGCGUUUCAACAGCCAUUUGGGGUUUUGCAAUACCAUAGUCGGAAAACUGGGUCUUAAACUGGGUCUUAUAUGUCAUUGCGUAUUCUGCAUUCAUCCGACAAACUUGACUUUCGCUAAGUAGUUAUGCGAAUGGUGAUAUCACCUUUAGUUAAAAUUUUGGAAAACAGACAAAAAACGAAUUUUACAUCUUAAAAUGAAAUCAAAUACCUUAACGGAUUUAUUUUCAAAGAUAUUGAGCAAUUGUUUUUAAAAUCGGUUUGAAUUUUGGAUUCUAAUAACUACGUGAAUCGCUAUUUUCAUUUUUCAUAUUUAAAUAAAUAUUUACCAUCAAG